AUGUCACACAUUUCCCAAUCAAAGCCCGACAGCGAGCGCUUGAUCAAACGCCAGCGUCUCGAAAACCGCAACGUGCUUGCAAUUAAGCCAUUGGUUCCUCCAGCUUGUGUCCUUGAGGAACUGCCCGUAACGCCUCAAGUGCACGAGCUCGUGGACGUGACCCGAGAUGCCAUUUCCCGCAUUCUCCAUGGAGAAGAUGACCGGCUCGUGGCAAUUGUCGGUCCGUGCUCGAUCCACGACGUUGUGGCUGCAAUGGACUAUGCCAAACGCCUCAAAGAGCUCGCGGACGAGCUGGACGGAGAGCUCUUGGUGAUCAUGCGCACGUACUUUGAAAAGCCCCGCACGACGGUCGGCUGGAAGGGCUUAAUCAACGACCCGGAUCUGAACCAAUCAUUUGAUAUUAAUAAAGGCAUCCGCAUUGCCCGCAAGCUUCUACUGGAUGUGAACGCCAUAGGACUACCUGUGAGCCUCGAGUUCUUGGACACCAUCUCGCCGCAGUUUACCUCGGACCUCAUCUCGUGGGGAGCUAUCGGUGCUCGGACCACAGAGUCCCAAUUGCACCGUGAACUCACCAGCGGCCUGUCGAUGCCUGUAGGCUUUAAGAACGGCACGGGAGGCAAUGCCAGAGUGGCGGUGGACGCCGCGGUAGCUUCGUCGCAGCCUCAUAACUUCUUGGGGCUCAACGAACACGGACUGGCAUCGAUCGUUCGGACGAAGGGCAACAAGGACUGCCAUGUGAUCCUACGUGGUGGAUCCGAUGGUCCGAAUUACGAGCAAAAGUACAUUGACGAAGCUGCUGCAAUGCUGGUGAAAGCCAAGCAGCCGUCCAAGAUCAUGGUGGAUUGCUCGCAUGGCAACUCCCGCAAGGUGCACACGAACCAGCUGAAAGUAGGCAGUUACUUGGCUGAAAUCAUUGCUGAAGGCAACACGAAGGUGCUUGGUGUAAUGGUGGAGUCGAACAUCGUGGAAGGCAACCAGUCGCUUGGGAACGACCCGUCGAACCUCGUCUACGGCAAGAGCAUCACGGACGCGUGCAUCAACUGGGACGACACAGUCAUUAUGCUGAGAGAGCUCGCGGAUGCCGUCAUUAAGCGACGCAAACGAGCUGCGGCAAAUCCGGCCCUCAAUUAG